AAAAGUUAAAACUCACACCACACUCGACAAAACACAAACCCAAACCUAAAACCAUUCCCAAUUGAAUUGGGAUUUAGGGUUUUACUCUCUUUCACUUCUAUUUCCCGAUUUUUCUCCUUUUUCGAUCGAUCCCUCUUCUUCUCUCUUCCAUGGCCGAAGUGAUCAACAACAUGCCUCCUGAAUCCCUCGACCAAUCUCCCUCCUCUUCCGCUCCUCCUCCACCUCCUCCUCCGCCACCCGCCUCUUCCUCCGCCCCCGCCGACGAUCUCCCUCCGCCGCCUCUCCCUCCUCCGCCGCGGCGCCGGGACCGCAGGGACGACCGCGACUUUGACCGCCACCCUAACCGCAGCCGGGAUUACUACGACCGCGACAGGGACUUCAAGCGCCGCCGCAGCCCUAGCCCCGGCUACCGUGACCGACGAUACUCUCCUCCACCACCUUCGCGCCGGUCGCCUCCGCCGUACAAGCGAUCCCGGAGAGGAAGCCCCCGCGGCGGGGGGUAUGGACCCGAUGAUAGAUUUGGUUAUGAUUAUUCUGGUGGCUAUGAACGGGGAGCGGGUGGAAGGACUGGUUAUGCAGAUGAGAAAUCUUAUGGCAGGCUUGUACAUCGAUCUGCUGGGGGAUAUCAUAAUGGGAUUUCUGAUGUGGAUAAUAGUCGUGGUUAUGCAGAUUUGUCAAGUGGAGGUGCACAAAGAGAGGGGUUGAUGUCCUAUAAACAAUUCAUUCAGGAGCUUGAAGAUGAUGUGCUGCCAGCUGAAGCUGAGCGUAGGUAUCAAGAGUACAAAUCAGAGUAUAUUUCUACACAAAAGCGGGCUUAUUUUAAUGCUCACAAGGAUGAGGAGUGGUUAAAAGAUAAAUAUCACCCAACAAAUUUACUAACAGUAAUUGAAAGGAGGAAUGAAAAUGCUCGACGGCUUGCAAAGGAUUUUUUGCUUGAUUUGCAAAGUGGAACAUUAGACCUAAAUCCUGGUUUGAACUCCACUUCAUCCGGUAAAUCAGGGCAAGCCAGUGAACCUAAUUCUGAGGAAGAAACAGAUGGUAAACGAAGAAGACAUGUUAGGGGACCUAAUAAAGAUAAUGAUUUCUCAGCUGCUCCAAAAGCUCACCCUAUCAGUUCUGAACCUAGACGGAUACAAGCAGAUAUUCAACAGGCUCAGGCUGUUGUUCGUAAGCUUGACAGGGAAAAGGGUAUUGAAGAUAAUAUUUUAUGCACCAGUGACCAUAAUAAAAAUGAUGAUAAGGCUCACAGUGGAUCUGUGGGCCCCAUAGUAAUUAUCCGUGGCUUAACAUCUGUUAAGGGCUUAGAGGGUGUUGAGCUACUUGACACACUUAUUACGUAUCUUUGGCGGAUACAUGGUGUUGAUUAUUAUGGUAUGGUUGAGACUAAUGAGGCCAAGGGUUUUAGGCAUGUGAGGCCAGAAGGAGCAGGGCAUGAAGAAACAAGUAAAUCUGGUUCUGACUGGGAGAAGAAACUUGAUUCAUUUUGGCACGGAAGGUUGAAUGGCCAGGAUCCAUUGGAAGUGAUGACUGCCAAGGAGAAGAUAGAUGCUGCAGCAACUGAUGUGUUGGAUCCACAUGUUAGGAAAAUUAGGGAUGAGAAAUAUGGGUGGAAGUAUGGUUGUGGAGCUAAGGGCUGCACAAAGCUUUUUCAUGCAGCUGAAUUUGUGCACAAACAUUUGAAGCUAAAACACCCUGAGAUUGUGAUGGAACUAACAUCCAAAAUGCGCGAGGAUCUUUAUUUUCAAAAUUACAUGAAUGAUCCUGAUGCUCCUGGUGGAAUGCCUGUCAUGCAGCAACCUCAGAAGGAUAGACCUCUAAAGCGAAGAUUAGGAGGUUUAGAGGGCCGAUUGAAGGAUGACCGUGGUAACCGGCGAGACCAGGACAGAAGUGACAGAAUGAAUGGAGAUAGGCCUGAUGGUUCCCCAUCCCAUGAAAGGCAGAUGGGAAACCAUGAUGAAGCAAUGUAUGAUGCAUAUGGAGGGCCUGGUGUACCUGCAUUUACCUCAGAUAUGCCCCCUCCACCAGUUUUGAUGCCUGUACCUGGUGCUGGGCCUUUGGGACCCUUUGUCCCUGCUCCACCAGAAGUUGCAAUGCAGAUGUUCAGGGAGCAAGGAGGACCUACAUCAUUCGAUGCCUCGGGAAGGAAGAUGCGAUCUGGUCCUCAUAUGGGUGGACCAGCACCUAUAAUUGCUGUUCCUCCAUCCUUUAGACCUGAUCCUCGACGGAUGCGAAGUUAUGAAGAUCUAGAUGCCCCAGAAGACGAAGUCACUGUGAUAGACUAUAGGAGCUUGUAGGUGUGAAUUCCACUAAUUUCAAUGAGAUUGGUUUGGGUGGCAUGCCUCCUAUUACGCUUUCUUGACGAGAGCUGCAGUCUAGCCUUAAUGGGGUUAGGCUUCAUUUAUUUUGUGAAUUUGUUUUGAGAAUCUCUUUUUUUUUCCCUUUCAAUAUGGUGAAAUUUGAGCCGAGGGAUGUAUCGUGUUGACUUUGAUGUUGUACUAGAGAUACGAUUUGUAGACUUCAGUUAUUUUUCUGAUACAAGGAUAAUUUUAAAAAAUAAUGUUAGCUGAUGAUUGCAUUAUAA